UACUUUGUGAGCAGCCUGACCCCCCCCCAAAAAAGAUUUUUUAAAAAUUAUUUGGAUAUCUUAAGUUUUGUUAUCAUGAACACUUUUUAAAAAGUUGGAAGAAAUAGUAAAGGACUGCUUUUUAGAUGGUGUUCUAUGUUCUAGGAAAGAAAAAGGAAACCCAGUUUUCUGUAGUUAAAAUGAGUGUUGUGUUUUCAUGUCUCACCCCAACCCACAAGGUUUUUUUUCCUGCUGCUUAAUUCUGUCCAGGGUCAAAAUACAGUUGUCUUCGGCACACUCUUAAGUGGUUCAGUGUGGAACCGUUAACAGCUCGGCAGUGUGAAGCCUGUCACGUUUACCCCACCCUUCUUUCUGACAAGAGCAGAGGACUCUUUUAGCUUCCAACCUCAACCCUGUCAGCUGGGCCAGGCCACGCAAGAGAGAAGAGGGCAGAGGGGACUCGCCUCCUCUGCAGGCAGAGGGGUGCCUUUGCCCUAACAAAGCAAACUGGGCUAGACCACAGCAAACUAAAUGUGAAGAAUCAUCUCAGCUGCUUACUGUGGACCUCUGAGGGGGGGGGCGGGAGUCAGAUAUGCUUUUCAUUGAAGGCUUCCAGGGGGACUCCACCGGCUGAGCCUCUCUCUCCCUCCCACAGCAGCCACUCUGGUGCUUCCUACCUGGAGGGUUUUACUUGCUCUGCAUGGAGGCCGUAACAUUGGGGGUGUUCACGCAUGUGCCUCUGAGUGUCUCCUGCUGCACCAGCUGCAUUGGUCCCCAGGAAAAUCUGGUGUUCCAGGAGACUUGGAACCCCAAAGAAAUCUCUGGAGGGGAGGCAGGCUCCUCUGCUGGUGCUCUGGGACCUUUGUUGGGUUUUAUUGUUAAGGGAGUCUUAGGUGGCCCAAUGGGGCUAGAGUUGCAGGGAUGCCCUUGGAGUCCAUAGGCCCACAUGAGUGGAUAGACAGCAUUAAACAGAAAAGAAGAGAGCAGCCGUAGGGCAGAGUUUAACAAAACAAACAACUUCUGGAUUGUCUGGGAAUGCUUCUUGUGAAGCCAGCCUUGUGUAACAUUUCUCAGCUUUGGCCAAGUCACGCACUACAACAGGGUGAGCUUUAAAAACUUUAAGAAGGGGGGGUCUUCCCUUGCCUCCCGCUGCCUGUUUGGUGACCGUCUGCCAUGUGGGCCAGCGCAGGAACAUAGGAAGAGGAGCACUGUGGCCACCUCUCUAAACUCCUGCCUGCCUGCCUUCCACCUGAGCAGUUGCCACCUUCCUAUGCCUGGCAAGGCUCUCCUGUCUCAGCAGAAACUCCUUUGUUGCCACUUCCCACAAGAAGAGGGAGCUGCUGUUCUUGGGCUCUUCCUCGCUGGAGCCCUUUGAAGGACACUGUGGGUCCCUCUCCUCCCUCUGGCCUUAUAGGUCUCUCCAUCAAUUCUCAUGCCACCCAAACGGAUGUUUGCCCACAUGCAAAAAAAACGGAUAAUGGAGGCUGGGGGAAGUAGGGACAGAAACAAACCAUUUUUUGGACCAGGCAUCUUUGUUUUCGCUUGAAUCCGGCUACCACGAUGGGAGACAUAAGACUGAAAAUCAAAUCCAGCUUCUUUUCCUAACAAGCAGAAACUGGAUUUCCUUGGAAGAGAGAGACUCUUUCCCAGAAUUUCAGCUCAUCUUUGAGUGCCUGACUGCCCCUCGAGGUGCUUCUCCCCCAUAACACUUUCUUGCAACUGUUCCUCUGCUUCCAUGGCCCAAGAACCAUGUGGCAAAGGUCCCACAUGUCCCCCCCCCACGGUUGCCAACUUCAGGAUCCCUGACUUACUCCGUCCUCCAGUGUCAGCCUCUUCGUGAUGCUGCAGUUAAACCUGCAUUGCUCUGACACCCCGGCCCUUUCCACCGGCCCCCCCUUUCCCUCCAAAAUGCCUCAGACACCCCAGUAGGCACUUAUUUUUAGUCUCUCUUUCCUCUGCGUGUGUCUGGCACGUGGCCUGGAAAAUGAGGCAAGAGACCCCAGCAGGAGUCAGUGUUAAUCCUCUCAGAGCUUCACCUUCUGGGAAGUUCAGACAAUAAUGUGAAAUCAUUGGAGGGGGGAGGUGCUAUCUCUUGCCACUCUUGCUUUCUUGUGAUGCCCUCCUCUUCCAGAUUCCUCCCCGCACAACACGGAAAAUUAAAAGUUAAUAACAAGUGGCUAUUUUUAGCCACUCUGAGUCCCAGAGGUUCUCUCUCUCUCUCUCUCUCUCUGAGUGGUGGGGAAGGGUUAAUGCUGGAGCCGUAUCUACCCACACCUUUCUGGGUGAAUAUUCAUAACAUCAGAGUCUAACUGAGCAUUUUCAGGAAAAGACAGUGCAUGGGAGAGAGAUGCUUCUCCACCCUUCCCUCCCUCCCGACAUGCAACCCCCCCACCCUCCGCCGCUGCCGCCACCCAUGGGACGCUGUCCAAGCUGGAUGGAACAACCUCCAGAGCAGCUGUGGAAGGAGCAUGGGGGAGGCUAUGUGGACAGGAUCUGGCGGUAGUAGCCUCCGAGCGAGGGCUCAGCUCUGAUCCCCCUCAGACCAACCCCUCUGAGGUUCACCUCCUUUUGGGGAGUAGCCAGAGGGACCCUAAAGCGUCGUGGAGAUGUGGAAGGGGAGAGGGAGGACCACAGUUGUGGCCCCAGAGGGUCUCCCUGAUUCUGAGGUUUGGAGGUGGGGGUCCCUGCGAGGCCUGGGCCAGGAAUGGACUGCUUGCAACACCCCCAGGAGCGCCUGGCCUGUCUCAUCCUCCUGGCACCUCCUGAUCAUGGCCUGGCUGACUGUCACCUGCACCGCUCAGGGGACAGACCCCAGGACGCCGGGAUUCAGCCCAGCCCCAAAGCAGCCACAGCCGUCCAGUGAGGGAGCCUGGACCCACUGGGGCGGAUGGAGCGCCUGUUCCAGCACCUGCGGAGAUGGUGCCUCCUUCCGAACCAGGAGGUGCAUCCGGUUCCCUGAGGAGCAGCCGUGCAGAGGGAAGCCCCGGCAGUACCGUGCCUGUGACCUCCAUGAGUGCCCUGCUGGCUCCGUGCCCUUCCGCGCCAUCCAGUGUGCCCUCUACAACGGGAGGUCUGUCCUGGGGGGCCAGACGCCCUACCAGUGGGUCCCCUUCCAUGGAGCUCCCAAUCUCUGUGACUUAAACUGCCUGGCAGUGGGGCACAAUUUCUACUACACCUUUGGACGGGUUUUGGACGGCACUCGCUGCAGCCCAGAGUCGCGAGACCUGUGCAUCAGCGGCCGAUGCUUGAGAGUGGGCUGCGAUGGGACCCUUGGCUCCGAGGCGCAAGUGGAUGUCUGUGGCGUUUGCAACGGCAGGAACGAGACAUGCCUCUUUGUGCAGCAGGUCUUCCGGGCAGCGUUCCCCACCUCUGCAGGUUUCUUUGGGUACAAGAAUGUGACCCGGAUCCCGGCAGGAGCGCGCCACAUCAAGGUGACAGAUCGCAGCCGCAACUAUCUCGCUCUGAUGAAUGCGAACCAGCGCUAUGUCAUCAAUGGGGACUGGGCCAUCGACUGGCCGGGGGUGUACGAAGUGGCUGGCACCAAAGUGCAAUACACUCGCACGGCUGAUGUGCACGAGAGCUUCGAGGCUGCUGGGCCCACCCAGGAGGACCUGUCUGUCAUGGUCUUGUUCCAGGCACCCAACCCAGGCAUCGAGUAUGAGUUCUGGCUCCCAAGGGAGCCUUCCCACCCCAUGCAGAGCGAUGCCAGUCCUUUGCGCCAGCCACAGACCAGGGAGGCCGAGGGAGACGUGCCAGCUGGCCCCCUCCCUUUCCCAGAAGACAUGGCAACAGUCACCCCCCAGGGACAACAUGGCACCAAAGAGGUGGCCAAGCAGUAUCUGCAGGAGGAGCUGGAGCCAGCGCCUACACUGCCACGGGCGCCCUUCCUGUCAGGAAGAUGUGGAAAGUGCAACACACCAAAGGGAAAAUCCCAGCGCAUCCACCAUUAUUGCAGUAGCGACUUUGUUUUCCGGGCCCGGAUCCUGUCCAAGCGCCAUAUCGGUCAGGAGACCCGCUAUGACCUGCAGGUAAAGCAGACCUACCGUAACCGCUACCCGCUGGUCCACCGGGAGUACGUCUGGGUUCCCGACACCUGUGAAUGUCCCCUACUUGCCGAGCGGCGCGAGUAUGUCCUGAUGGCCCGCCGUCAUGUUAACUUCGAGCACACCCUGAACCGCAUCCUGCUGCCACGGGGGGGCUACGCUCGGCCCUGGACCCCACGGGAGGACCUGCAGCUGCGAGACCUGGCUGGGCGCUGUGAGGGGUCCCCCUCUUCAGAGCCACGUCAGCUGAGCGGAUGAGCGCCGAGCCCAGGGGGCAUAGGUGUCAGCUGUGGCCAAAAAUGUCGACACCACAGUGGACCUUCAGGACACAGUGGCAGUCUACCCAGCACACCAGGCAGAAACAGGUGGGCAGACACAGUUGCCUUUCUGGCCACCACAGUGGUUAGGGGCCAGAUACGGUCAUGUCCAGCAGCCCUGCAAGCAGCGCUCUCAUCUUUCUGAGGCAACACAGGGCUUGCCCUGCUUUGCUCCUCGUCCUCCUCUUCCUCCUCCGAAUGAGCUAAUCAGUCAUCAUGAAUAUUACAUUGAGCCUCCUGGGUCAAGGGCAGCCUACCACAGAAACCCACAGAAAGAAGCUGGGGAGAAGCAAAUACAGGCUUCCAGGUGCUGCCCCUCUGAUGGGAAGGCUGGGACGUUGGCCUUCCAGUGCCUCCCCUUCUUUGUCAACCCCCCCCCCCCCAAUGGCCUCAU